ACAACGAGUUAUCCUAACCUCAGCUUUUUUCCUAACCUCUUUUCUUGUAAUCAUGGCUUUUAGUAGAGUUAAUUGUUUACUAUUGAAUGUUGUUAAAAAUAACAUUCAAAUUGUGCAAAUAUGCCGUAGUUUUGCAAACAUACGUUUUCCGCCAACCACUUUCAAUUUGAUUUCGAACCUCAAAAAAUUGCCUCUCAAAAAUACUUGCACAAUUUUGCAUAAGGAACUAUCUACUGUGAAAUCCUCCAGUAUACACGAUACAAUUUCUUCAAUUCAAGUUAAGAAACGAGUGACGAGAAAAAAGAAAAUUUUGGAGGAGGAGGAGAAACCUGGAAUCUUCAAUGUAGUAGCUUUCGCCACUGCAGAGGAAUACGAUCUAGAAAAACUUGUGAAGGGUUUAAAAGAACAGAAUCUCUACGAACCCAAAGAAAUAAAAAAUAAUACUGACGUUGUACAUGCUGUGGCGAAAUAUAGGGUGAACGAGGAACCUAGAGAAAUAUUUUUUUUCAGGGAAGGUAGUGUAAUUUUAUGGAACAUUACAGACCUUGAAAGUGGCAACAUUUUGAAUUUUCUGAGAGAAUAUGAGGAAGACAGCUAUUCAGAAAGACUUGUUCAAUCCGAGAGUGAAAUCAUGAACUACAAAUAUCAAUCCGCAGACAAAACAAGCAGCUGUAUCAGUAAAGAAGGAGAUUUUUUACUAUCUCCCGGGCAGGACAAAACAUUAGAGAAAUUCACUUUUUCAAAUGCUAUUAUGCUCAAUGUGAAACUGGGUGUGUGGGAGGCCUCAUUGGAAAAGUACAUUGAUGAGAUCGAAUUCGUGACAGAGGAUUUGAAAAGGGGCAAGAAGAUUCGGAUGUCUAGAGAGGCGGUACUGAGGAAGCACGGAGAACUCUUCGCUCUCAGGCAUUACAUGAAUCUCAGUUCUGACGUGCUGGACACACCUGACUUCUAUUGGGACAACGAAGAUUUGGAGAACCUUUACAAUCAAGUCUGCUCAUAUUUUUGUAUAAACAAAAGAACAAAGGUGAUGAAUGAGAAGAUCAAUCACUGUGUAGAGCUGAUAGAACUGUUAUCUUCCCAUUUGAGUGACAAGCAUCAUGUUAGAUUGGAAUGGAUGAUAAUAGUUCUCAUUAUGGUGGAAGUGUUCUUCGAGAUAGUGCAUUAUAUUGAUAGAUUUGUACACUGAGAGUAGUCUGAAGAUCCAGUAACAAAACUGUUGUCUUUGUUAUUUUUAUUCAGAUAUUAUGGAAGAAGGUGGUGAACUAAUUUUUUGUUGUAUAUAAUUGAAAGUUGAAGAUUGGAAAUCGUUUUUUUUGUAUAUACUUUUUGAUCUUCUGAACUCGGUUAAUUUCAAAGAGUGGAAAAACCCUACUUUCAAAUAAACAGAU